AUGCACGACUUGCGUCUCAAGGUUCUCCGCGAAAGCGGCAAGACAGUUUCGAAGAAGGCGCGAUCUCGUCCCGAGUCCGCGCGAGCCUCGAUGAGAAACUCGCCCAAUGUGUCUCCCGGCCACUCCCAGAUUAACUCGCCAGCCCACUCGCACGCCGGCAGCCGUUAUGCCUCCGAGGAGGAGGGCAGUGACGACGAGUACGACGACAACAUGACUAUGAGCACGCUCUCCAACGGAUCAGAGACUGCGAUGGACGAGGCCACUGAAGCAGCAUGGACGCAACUCCUCCAGGACCGCAUUGUCGAGCUGCAAGAUCGGAAGCGAACGAAUACCAAGAUUCGCGAGACCACGCUCAUGUCGUACCUGCAUCUUGUCAAGCACCACUAUGGCGGCCGUCAAAUCACCAACUCACUGACCGAGAUCGUCACGGCCUUGAUGAAGAACAUUAGAUCCGGAGGCGGCUCCCUUGAACGCCUCAUGUCGCUUCAGUCCCUCACGGCCACGCUGCUCACUGUUCCUUCAGACGCGUUUUUCGAAGAUAUAUACCCACAACUCGAGAAGACCCUAGAGGACGAUGACAAUAAUGACGUCAAGGCCGCCGCCAUCUGGGCUAUGGCCAUCACAGCAAUGUAUGGCGGCGGCGGCGAGGACGCAGCGAGCGAGUUCCUCGAAUACCUCGUCACCAUUGUGGAAAGCGACGGAGAGGCUAUCGGAGCAGCGGACAGCGGCGACGUCGUCACGUCCGCGCUCGAGGCCUGGGCUUUCGUCGCCAGCCAGAUGGACGACAUCAGCGAGAACGUUUACUCGGCCAUCGACGCCUUCGUGGAGCAGCUCGACAGCACGGAUGUCGAUGUGCAGGCGAGCGCUGGCUUCAACAUCGCCUUCAUUUUCGAGGUCGCGCGGGAACAAGAAGAGGAGACUGGCGAGCCGAUGAACCUGCAAUAUGACCCGAAGAAGCUCAUUGCACGUAUGGCCGAGGCUUCCAAGCCAUCGGUGAAGCAGACGGCACGAAGAGACAGGAGACAUCUGCGCAAGCAGUUUGCCAGCAUCGUCUCGUCUCUAGAGCACGGAAAGGGACCCGGGUUCUCUAGCGCCGGACGGCCAGCCUUCAAUCCCCACACUGGCGGCACCAAGGUCGACCCACGAUCGGGCGGCAGAGGUGACGAUGAUGACGACAUGCGUGGCUUCGGGUACCGCGAGAAGCUGCGUCUGGGUUCUUCCGUGGUGUUGAUCGACUCAUGGUCACUUAUGGCUCGAGUUGAGGCGGCGAAAACCGUCCUGGGAGGGGGGUUGCCCACCCACUUCAACGACAACCCUACCGUGGCAGAGCUUCUCGGCGGCGCCGAGACGGAAGAGUCAGUUGGACAGACGUACGCAUUGAAUCCUAAAGGUGCUAAGAAAAUGAAAAGAUAG